AUGGGUCUCAAGUUUGACGUCUUCUUCAGCAAACGCCCCAGCGCAACAAGAACUGGCCCAGCUGGCCAUGACCACCUCAAAUGGGUGCCAACUAGCUCGACGCUGAUCUAUGGGACUCGUGAUGCCAUUUUGGUUGACGCGCAGUUGACUGUCGAGGCAGGCGAAGGACUCCGAGACUGGGUGUUGGCUAGUGAAAAGAACCUGACGCAUAUUUACGUCACACAUGGCCAUGGUGACCACUUCUUCGGCAGCUCUGCUCUCCUCAAAGAGUUUCCUAGUGCAAAGGUCGUUGCCAUACCAGAGGUGGCCGCCCGCACGCGCAACGAAGUGACACCAGAGAGGCUACAUGGCAUAUGGAACAAGCUUUUCCCUGGCCAGCUUCCAGCUGAGCCCCCACGCGUGGCAGAGCCUUUGCAGGAAGGCUUCUUGAAGCUCGAGGGGGAGAAACUUGUUGCCGUGCGAACGGGCCACACCGACACGGACGAUUCCACCAUGCUCUGGGUCCCUUCCAUUGGACUCGCGGUGGUCGGAGAUGCAGUGUACGCCAAUACCCACCCGUUCCUUGGCGAGUCGGGUAGCCGGGAGGCGCGGCAGGGGUGGAUCGCUGCGCUGGACCAGAUCGCUGCGCUCAACCCCCGAUGGGUGGUCGGCGGCCAUAGUGACCCGGACAAGGGCCACGACCCAAAGGCCAUCCAGGAAACUAAAGAAUAUCUGGAGAACUUUGAGCGGCUGAGCGAGGAGACGAGCACAGCGGUGGAGCUCUAUAACCGUGUGUUAGAACUAUAUCCGGGGCGAUUGAAUCCGGGUUCUGCUUGGGCAGGGGCUGUGCAGGUUAAGGAUGCAUGA